CGGGAGCGCCUCCGAGCCCUCGCGGGGCGCCGGCUCCAUGGCGACCGGGCUCGGGGAGGAGAUCUACGGACUUUCGGAAGAUGAGGGCGAGUCACGUAUUCUCAGAGUGAAGGUUGUUUCUGGAAUUGAUCUCGCCAAAAAGGACAUCUUUGGGGCCAGUGAUCCGUAUGUGAAACUUUCAUUGUACGUAGCGGAUGAGAACAGAGAACUCGCUUUGGUACAGACAAAAACAAUUAAAAAGACGCUGAACCCAAAGUGGAAUGAAGAAUUUUAUUUUAGAGUAAACCCAUCUAAUCACAGACUCCUGUUUGAAGUAUUUGAUGAAAACAGAUUGACCCGAGACGACUUCCUGGGACAGGUGGACAUACCCCUGAAUCAUCUCCCGACCGAAGAUCCGACCAUGGAGCGACCCUAUACAUUUAAGGAUUUUCUCCUUAGACCAAGAAGUCAUAAAUCUCGAGUUAAGGGAUUUUUGCGAUUGAAAAUGGCCUAUAUGCCAAAAAAUGGAGGUCAAGAUGAAGAAAACAGUGAGCAGAGAGAGGACAUGGAGCAUGGCUGGGAGGUCGUGGACUCGAAUGACUCGGCCUCCCAGCACCAGGAGGAGCUUCCCCCGCCUCCACUGCCUCCCGGCUGGGAAGAGAAAGUGGACAAUCUGGGUCGUACCUAUUACGUCAACCACAACAACCGGACCACUCAGUGGCACCGACCAAGCUUAAUGGAUGUGGCCUCCGAGUCGGACAGCAACAUCAGGCAGAUCAACCAGGAGGCCGCGCACCGACGCUUCCGCUCGCGCAGACACAUCAGUGAGGACCUGGAGCCAGAGCCCAGCGAGGGCGGAGACGGCCCAGAGCCUUGGGAGACCAUUUCCGAGGAAGUGAACAUCACUGGAGACUCCCUCAGUCUGUCACUGCCCCCUCCGCCAUCCUCUCCAGUGUCCCGGACCAGCCCUCAGGAGCUGUCUGAGGAGCUGAGCAGAAGGCUUCAGAUCACUCCAGACUCCAAUGGGGAGCAGUUUGGUUCUUUGAUCCAAAGAGAACCGUCCUCAAGGUUGCGGUCCUGCAGCGUGACGGACACCGUUGCCGAGCAAGCUCAUCUACCACCGCCAAGUGCCCCAGCUAGGAGAGCGCGUUCAUCAACUGUCACAGGUGGUGAGGAGCCAACGCCAUCAGUGGCCUAUGCACAUACCACGCCGGGCCUACCUUCAGGCUGGGAAGAACGAAAAGAUGCUAAGGGACGCACAUACUAUGUCAAUCAUAACAAUCGAACCACAACUUGGACUCGACCUAUCAUGCAGCUCGCAGAAGAUGGUGCCUCCGGAUCCGCCACAAACAGUAACAACCACCUAAUCGAGCCUCAGAUCCGCCGGCCCCGUAGCCUCAGCUCGCCGACUGUAACCUUAUCUGCCCCACUGGAGGGUGCCAAGGAUUCACCCGUACGUCGGGCUGUGAAAGAUACCCUUUCCAAUCCACUCCCACAGCCAUCACCUUACAACUCCCCUAAACCACAACACAAAGUCACACAGAGCUUCCUGCCACGCUGGGAAAUGAGGAUAGCACCAAACGGCCGGCCCUUCUUCAUUGACCAUAACACAAAGACUACAACGUGGGAAGAUCCACGCCUGAAAUUUCCAGUUCAUAUGCGGUCAAAGGCCUCUUUAAACCCCAAUGACCUUGGCCCUCUUCCUCCUGGUUGGGAAGAAAGAAUUCACUUGGAUGGCCGAACAUUUUAUAUUGACCAUAAUAGCAAAAUUACUCAGUGGGAAGACCCAAGACUGCAGAAUCCAGCUAUUACUGGUCCGGCUGUUCCUUACUCCAGAGAAUUUAAGCAGAAAUAUGACUACUUUAGGAAGAAAUUAAAGAAACCUGCUGAUAUUCCGAAUAGGUUUGAAAUGAAACUUCACAGAAAUAACAUCUUUGAAGAGUCCUAUCGGAGAAUCAUGUCUGUGAAAAGACCAGAUGUCCUGAAAGCUAGACUGUGGAUCGAAUUUGAAUCGGAGAAAGGUCUUGACUAUGGGGGUGUGGCCAGAGAGUGGUUCUUCCUACUGUCCAAAGAGAUGUUCAACCCCUACUAUGGGCUUUUUGAGUACUCUGCGACGGACAACUACACGCUUCAGAUCAAUCCCAAUUCAGGCCUCUGUAAUGAAGACCAUUUGUCUUACUUCACUUUUAUCGGAAGAGUUGCUGGUCUGGCAGUGUUUCACGGGAAACUUUUAGAUGGUUUCUUCAUCAGACCAUUUUACAAAAUGAUGCUGGGAAAGCAGAUAACCCUGAAUGACAUGGAAUCUGUGGAUAGUGAAUAUUACAACUCUUUGAAAUGGAUCUUGGAAAAUGAUCCCACUGAACUGGACCUCAUGUUCUGUAUCGAUGAAGAAAAUUUUGGACAGACCUAUCAAGUGGAUCUGAAGCCCAAUGGGUCAGAAAUAAUGGUAACAAAUGAAAACAAAAGGGAAUAUAUUGACUUAGUCAUCCAGUGGAGGUUUGUGAACAGGGUCCAGAAGCAAAUGAACGCCUUCUUGGAGGGAUUCACAGAACUGCUUCCUAUUGAUUUGAUUAAAAUUUUUGAUGAAAAUGAGCUGGAGUUGCUGAUGUGCGGCCUUGGCGACGUGGACGUGAACGACUGGAGACAACAUUCUAUCUAUAAGAAUGGCUAUUGCCCAAACCACCCUGUCAUUCAGUGGUUCUGGAAGGCCGUGCUGCUCAUGGACGCGGAGAAGCGGAUCCGGCUACUGCAGUUUGUCACGGGGACGUCCCGAGUACCCAUGAAUGGGUUCGCCGAACUUUAUGGUUCCAAUGGUCCUCAGCUGUUUACAAUAGAGCAAUGGGGGAGUCCUGAAAAACUGCCCAGAGCUCACACGUGCUUUAAUCGCCUUGACUUACCUCCGUAUGAAACCUUCGAAGAUUUACGAGAGAAACUUCUCAUGGCCGUGGAAAACGCUCAAGGAUUCGAGGGGGUGGAUUAAGCUCCCCCCUCCUCGGGGUGGUUGUUCAUCGAGCGAGUCCUGCUUGCACUUUUGCAUUUGCCCAACACCCGACUUUGCAGAGACCGAGGCGGAAGAGCGGCCGCACACGGCGGCCUGGCUCCCGGGGCGGGGCCUCCACCCGCGACUUGCCCAGGUUCAGACGUGGGAGCCCGGUCCCAGGUCGCGUUCCUGCAUUUUCCACCACGAAUUAUCAACUGGUUGAUGUGUACACUAAUAACAUUUCAGGAGGACUUAUUCUAUUUAUGUUGUGCCUCUGUAGGCAAAGCCCUUAAUAAAUAUUUUACAUACUUUAUAAUGACAAUGAAUGGGAUUAAUCACUCUACAGGUAUAGUAUUACAACUCAUGUUUACUUUUUAAAAUGAUUUAGACCGAUUUUCAGAUUUUAUUUCAUUACAAUUAAAGAUGUCUCGUGUACUUGGAAAAGUGAGCAUAUUUUUUUUGUAUUUGAAUUUCAUACCAGGUUUAAUGUCAGUGACAUUUUUAUUUUUGAAGUACUUUGACACCCCCCCCCACUCCCUAUGUUAUUAGAAUUGAAAGACUGUUGUUGUGUUGUUUUGUUUUUUUUUUUUUUGUCCAGAUACCUACGGACAAGUACUUUGAGAGAAUUUCAAAUAUAACAUUAGACAUAAUGCUACUUUUCUCCAUACUCUGAGAGAAUGGAAAACAAACUGGAUAUUACAUUGUGUGUGUGCGUGCAAAUUUAGCGUAAUAGCUCCAGGCUGAGAGAAUUGUAACCUAGCAUGACAAAUUUGGUGUUGACUUGAAGGAAGGAACCACACCGUUAUUCCUUAGAAGUAAUUCCGUGUGCUAGAACACAUUGGAGGCAGGGUCGGACUAUCCUUUCUCAUUAGAGAAGUUACUUAACCCUCCAUGAUGCUGUACAGCCAUUCUUCUGUUACCUUUUCCAAACUCUUUGCUGUUUGUCGCAGAGACAUUUGAAUGGGCCUCGACACUCGCUUGAUUUGAAACCGUGGAAACCAGAUCUGUGUCGUGUCCCGUUUGUACGCGUUUGCUAGCGGUAGCUAAAUAACCAGUUUUUGCUCUAACGGCACCAGUUCCGAAGGCACUUUAUGUUCUCCCUGGGGGUCCUACCUGGUUUUGUUGAUGGGUUGUUGUUGUUUUUAAAUCAUAGACAUUAAAUGUGAUGAUGACUUCUCCUCCCUGCACACAUCUUUCUGGUGCAAUAUCUAUCAAUUGUGAAUCUGGCUGCUGGUGUAUAAAACCUGGAUGUAAAGCUGAGCCUGCACACCUGUCCUCACCAAUUGUUUUGUGAUCUCUACUCAACUACCAAGAUCAUUUUAAUGCACACUCCGCCUAACCGGGUUUUGUCACCUAGGACAUGUUGCAUGCUUCAAUACUGUGUACCGCCCGAGUUGUGUCUGUUCUGUGCUGGGUUAAAAGUGAGCGGGCACUCUCCGACUUGACCCCCGCGGUCGCGCCGCGAAGCUGGCGGUGCCCAGCGGGAGGGUUCCGCGCCGUCGGGAUCCUUUGGCUCUUGUGAGCGUUCGUUGCGGGAUUCCGUGGCGUUUUGAGAGAAAGCCUGAGGCAGCGUGGCAGUUCAGCCCUGCUGUCCCUUUAACCUGUGUUGUUCUAAACCCCGUCGCGAGUGGGGGGACUCUAGAGAUGUGAUCCCUUGCCGCUCGUAGAUAAAGACAGAAAAUUGUGGUUUCAGGGCCUCCCCGUUUGUUACGGAAGAAGGACCUUUUGGUGUAAGAAAUUCAUUGUUCCCCAGCUCCGGGUGGCUCGUGAGAAACCAGGAACGUUUGUGGUUAUAAAUGAACUGCCUAUAGAGGUGCAGAGGUCGGAGGUGUCUGAGAGAAGGAUUUCUGCAGAGCUGAGGGUUGGCUCCCCUUUCCUAUUGAUUUAAAAAUACCCAACAGUGAUCAGAGAGCUUAGAUGUCGAGUAAUCAGAAAAAAACAACAUUGCUUAUUAUUUUUAUCUACUUGUGGGAUUUUUCCCCCCUUCAGUCAAUAUAACCAGCGUCCCAUGGCAAAAAAAACCCCUUUGUGUAACCCCUCACUGUCCAGAGGGCUUUCUUGUUAGGCUCACGCCAAAGCCAGUGCUUGGAUGGAUUCUGAGAGUGAUCAUGUCAUUAUAGGGGAGAAAGCCUACGAUUCUAGUUGAAGAACUGGGAUUCUGUCAUUUUGCAAACUGUAUACUCAAAAAAUCAGAAUAUUUAGUAAAGGCAAAUUAGGCAAAGUGUUAAAAAUGUGAAAGAAAAGCCCAUCCUAAGCUACUUCCUGUACCAGGAGCAGAUAAGAAUUAUCGAACUGGACCCCUUUGAAUACUUGAAUGACGCAUUUGUGAAUGACGGUUCAGUUCACCUACCACUAAAUAUUGGAUUGCAGUAACGGCUGAAUAGUGCUGGGUUUGGGGUUUGUUUUUCUUUUGUUUUGCUUUUAAUCCACACAUGAGGUUCCCUCAAUCUCAGCAGUUCUUGAUGCUUCACUCUGUCUAAAACAGUCCUAGAUCUUGUUUUCUCCAAGUCCUGACAGCCACUGUCCCUUGCCUCCAGGACAGAGUCACAGGUGGUGGUUAAGAAAACGCACCGUUGGAACCCACAGGCCUGGCGGGGAGGGUGGGCCACCUCUUCCUGUUACCCCUAGCAGUGGCCCUUCUCCCAAGUCCAAGGUCUCGGACCCCCCCCCCCGCCCCGCCCCCCCCCCCCCCGUUCUCUUAAAAAUUCCCCGAGUCUGGCUUGUUUUAAGUUUCCUGAAGAAGGUACCAUUAUUAUGGGUCAUUUUGCCACAAGGUUAAGAAGCUGGUUCCAGGGCAACUGCAUGAUGGACAUGAGUUAUCACAACUACAGGAUUUCGAUCCCCGUCCCUUGUUGGCCUGAAGGCGAAUUUGGAAAGCCUGGAUUGGCUUCCCAUAGUGCGCUGCUUUUCCACUGCUGCCUCUGGAACAGGAGACAAUGAGGCAGUUGUCUGUUUCAAAGUUGUAUUCCGCUUUAACGCAUUUUCCGUUAUUGACUUUUCUAUAUUCUGUACCAGAUCACAAGAAUGUAAGAUGCUUCUUUAAUUUUUGUUUACAAGGCCCUAUGGUCGAACAUGAGCUAUUCCUGAUGGUCAGAUGACAGAUGCUCCAAAGCGUCUGACAUGGGUUAUUCCUCCCACAUAAGGAUGCAGUGACAGAUUCGGAGAAAUGAUUUUGCAAAAUAUUUGAACCACUUUCUACAUCUCACGUUGUUAAAUAGACAGCGUGUCCCAUUGCUGUUUGAUCUUGCCAGAUCCAGAUCGGCUCUCUUGAAAGCCACGUUCAUGUGCAGCAAAUUACUGAUUGCCCCAACAGUUGCUAAUUGUUUAACACCCGACUCGAGCAUUUUCGUAAGUCUUGUAUCUCACCUCCGAACUUUCAAAAUCUAUAGACAGCGUGGGUUCGUCAAUUCCCAAGCCCCUCCCCACUGCGCUAGGCACCCACUUUCUUUUCUGCUAGCUCCACGCCGGUGUCCUGACAGGGAGAGGUCACCGCUGUCCGGUGUCAUUUCCUGCCUCGUCAGUAGGGGGUGCUGCUGUGCAGAGUAACUGUCUGGCCUGCUCCCUUCCUGGCCCCCAGGAGAUCUGAGCACUACCUCUGUCUCAUUCAGGCUUUGGGGUACAUCCUGAUAAGUCAUGUCAAAACUGCCAAUUUCAGGUCUGAGAUGUGUUUUUAAAACUCCUGAUAAACUCCACUUUGUACUUUAGAUUUUAAAACUGGGAAGAAAAUGUGAUAUACUUUGGACCACUUUUUUUAAUUUAUCUAAGCCUUAAUGAAUAGUGUAUAUACACUUGCAUACACACAUCCCCACCCCGGCGUGCUUUCAGUGUGUCAGAAACAAUGCUGUAGCAUUAGGACGUGAGCUUGUAUACUGUUUUAUUUCAGGAGAGGAUCGCUUUCUGUUUGUAUGAAAUUUUCCAGUAAAACUUCUCCCUAGACAUCUGUCCUUUGUGAAAGGCGUUACGCGCAAAGCAGCGCAUGUUUAAGGUGCGUGUCUUGUUUGUCGGUUUCACGUUUCCGAUGGGAAUCUAACGACAUUGGCGACAGACCUCUGUGUACUGCAUCCCAACCUUGUGUCAGAGCAUUGAAAGCCUUUCUGAUGACCAUAACCCUGUGUCUGCAGACAUCUGUGUUCCUGUAUAAGCCAGCUUGCCCUCUUACUCAGACUGAUUUCACCUAGAUUGUCACGGUUUCCUUCAUGUUAACUUCGCGUGACUUUGUUUUUCCUUUACUACUACUUAUGUGAUAUGUAUAUACAUACAUACGUACAUAUGCUGUCCAAAUAUAUAUGUAUAUAUUUGUAUAGCAUUUUUACACCUUUCUUGAGCAAUCUGGUUUCGAAAGGGAGUGAGAGCUUAGUCCUUCUACAGUCUUCUCCAAGCCGUGUCCUGAGAUUUCUGACCCUCGGAGCCUGAGAGCACCCCAGGAAAAUGAUGCUAAUAUGCUGUCAUUCCCUAAUUCAGGAUUUAUUACCAAAUGAAACAUGAAAACAACAGUGACUUUUAAGGUGAAAAAAGUUUCAAGCAUUCCAAAUGAAUUCUCAAUGUUUCAUAACUUUUUAUUAUAAACCCCACCUCCUAAUACAAAGCCAAGUACUAUUUGAUACAGUGACUAAAAACCAAACUACUGGGAAAUUUUUUAAAGACAACUUACGGAUAACGCUCCUUUUCACAAUCAGAAUCGCUUUAAAAUAUGGUUGAAUUUGAUACAGGAAAAGUUUUAAGUACAAAUCCUUUUUGCUUUUCAUUUUUCUUAAGAGAUCUGAAGAGAAAUUGUAGAUUGUUUUCCUGACAGCAAAAGAGAAAUGUGACAAAAUGAAGUCGUUGUAAAGAAGUGAUACAACUUGUCAAAUAUUUAAUAAAGAAUUAUGGAAGCUGGAACGUUUUUCUACA